CGUUGGGCCUAGGCGUGUGGUGUGGGUGGAAGUGGGUGGUAGUUUAUACGUUGUGUUUUCUUUUUUUUCUACUGUCAAACACAAGCACAAAAAGAGAACUUCGAUGACAUUCGCUGUCGUGCUGACAGUGGGAGUACGUUGAAAACAAUUUCUGGUGAUGGCAAACGAUAACGAAGCACAGUCACCACCCGGAAAUGGUGCUCCUGCAGCAUCGGAUACUUGCUCUAAGCUGAAGAUCCUCGCACUGCACGGUUACCGGCAAAACGGUGAUAGUCUCAAGUCGAAGCUAGGAUCAUUCAGGAAGUUUAUUAGUAAAUAUGCGGAGUUAGUUUUUGUGACUGCACCACAUAUAGCUCCACCACUGCCUGACAGUGAUCCCGGCACUGAGUCGGAUCCGGCUCAGCGCAGCUGGUGGUUCAACAAAGACGACGGCACAUUCAAGGGAACAAAUAAAAACGGACCGGCGGUUGGUUUCGAGGAGAGUCUCAAGUUGGUAGAGAAGACAUGGAAAGCCGAACAGUGCUGUGGACUGCUGGGAUUUUCACAAGGGGCUUGCUUUGCGGGGUUGCUGUGCGAUUUAAGUGCCAGAGGGAUGACCUGUAUCAAACCCGAGUUUGCGGUUCUAUCAUCCGGUUUUCGCUCCGGUAGUUUGGUGCACCUCAACUAUUACGAAAACAAAGUACAAAUUCCUUCUUUGCACAUUUUUGGAGAAUCAGACGAAAUUAUACCAAAAGGUCUGAGCAUCGCCUUGGCGGAAACUUUUGUGGACCCACAGAUUUUGGUGCAUCCCGGUGGGCAUUUUUUGCCAGCUCAGGCGGCCCAGAAGCAAACCUACGUAGACUUUUUCAGAGAACGUCUGCAAUACCACUUGGAAGCGAAGGAAAUAGAGAAUGCUACCGUAGAGAAUAGCAUGUUGCUAGAGGAAAAUGGUCCUGAAACGGUUGUUAAUGACGACAACGAUUCAGAUUAGUUAAAAGUCUGUUUCCCAAUCGAACACUAAUUUAUUAAAUUCACAAUUUAAUUACAAAUGUAAAAAUAAAAAUACAGAAAACGAUAA